GGUUUAUCAAUUUCAAAGAUUUAUGAUACUCAUGAGAUCACUCAGGAAAGUGAUUCGGUCUUUUGAAAUCUAACGAUAAAGGAGUUUUCAAAUAUUCUACCAAUUUGGUUACUCUGAACAUUUAAAAAUGCACCUCUCAGCAUUCAUGACAUGGCUCUGGGUAGCCGAAGCAGCCUACACGCCCACAAUUUCCUCCCUCAGCGGAGACAAACUUCGAUCCACCGUAUUCCUAACUUCAGGAGAUGGACAGAUAUUCGGCAUCGAUGCCAAUCUCGUGAAUAAUGCCUACAGCGUUGGUAGCCCCAACAUUGCAUCCGGAAAGUUUGGCACAUCGGUCACAUCUGCCCUUUCUGGUAGCUCCAACUCGAUCCACGUAUUUACAGUUGACCAAUAUGGAUGCGUCUUCCGAGCGCCCUACGAUGGCGGGUGGAACGAUCCAUGGCAAUCAGCACAUGAUGGAGGGCUUUCACAACUCUCUGCUAGCCAAUGGAAAUACGAUGGAAUGACCAUUUAUUCAGCGACCACCUCUAGCGGGGGAGUAUGUUCCACCGUUACAAAUACUCCGGAGUGGAAACCACAAAGCUGCUCACCCAUUCCUGUCCCAAUUCCAUUCAAUUCUACUCUCUCUCAUGUGGCGACCGCGCAACCCACCAAUAAUGGAUUCAGUUACGUGGUGCAUUAUGUAGGGUUGUCUAUCAAAGGGGAGUUACUAUAUAGCCAACAAUACACGGACAACAACGGAUUAGACUUCUUCACACAAGAUAAUCUCAGUGGGUCCUUAACGUUCGUUGGUGAGCCGCUCAUCACGCGUAAAUCCAACACGGAGCUUGAUAUCUGGGCUAUCUCCAACACCGCAAAAUUAUAUCGCAGUUCUUAUAUUGCUAGCACGAAUAAAUGGACAGCCUGGGUAUCCCUCGGCGCCUACCCCACCCUCUCAAAACCCUCCGUAACCUACGAUUCCUCGAAAAACGCUUACAUAAUGGCACUUUCCCCUCCCUCCUCCUCAUCUUCUACCUCAACCUACCUCUACAAAACGCAUUCCCCCCUCACCGGGUACUCACCCUCUCAAACCACAUGGACAACCAGCGGAAGUAAUUGGAUCAGCGCUCCUGCCAUUUCUUCUUUCAAUGAUGGCGUAUCGAGAGGAACAGAUAUACAUGUGUGGGGAAUUAAGAAUGAUGGGAAAUUGUAUUAUUCGUAUUGGAGGGGAAAUCAGUGGUGGCCAAGGUCAGGGGCUUAUUAUUCGGUUAUGGAUGUUCCGGGGAUUGUGCCGAGCGGGUAUGAGGGGGAGGGGGACCACCAGAAUGAGCUGAGAUGAAUAUAUUGAACACGAGAUAAGAUGGUAUGGCAACUGAUCUGUAGGACGCGAUCGGAAGAGCCAGGGUGGGUAUAAUCAGUUUGAUUAAUAACUCACCAUUCUCUAGUCCGUAUACAAUUCUCACUUUGAUAACCAUCUAAAUCACUCACACAUCAUGAACAUCCUUUUGCAUUCCAAAUUGUCAUAGCUUAAAAAUCGCAUACUUAAAUCUAGAUUGUCA